CAGGUUCCUAGUAGGCAGGUCUCACGUGGUCCGUGCGGAGGCGACUCGUUAGAACAUGGAGAUAUCGGACUUGACGUGACCAGUGAAUCAACACCUCGUUCUCCUCCUUGAUUGUGUGCGAAUCUUGAGGCGAUUUUCUGGGAUAUAUCCUCUUCUUUGGUGCAUUUUGCCUCUUUGGUCUCGUUCUGCUGGGGUAUUGGCUAGACACAUUGCUGGACUGUUCUUCCAAGCAACGCCUUCACGAUGGUGCUUCGGAAAGACGAACUCGAAAUACAGCUCAAAAACGAGAAAGAAUUGAUCAAAAAUGGCGUGCUGAGAGAGGACAACCCCUUGGACCAAUCAGUCGAGUUCGAGGCCUUCUUGCUGGCCUGCAGAAGGGGUGACUUGAAAACGUGUCAAGAACUCAUCUCGGCCGGUGUGAACAUCAACGGCAAGGACCGCUUUGACUACACCCCUCUGAUUAUUGCAAGCCUUUGUGGUCACUUGGAGCUCGUAAAGCUGCUCCUGGAUUCGGGUGCUCUGGCUGAGAGAAACACAUUCCAAGGAGAGCGAUGCAUAUACAACGCCCUCAAUGACAAGAUACGGAAUCUUCUCCUAGAGUACGACUACUCCAAAUCCACGGACCCCUUGCAACCCUGGGCGGGACACAUCACCAGCCUCCUCACAAAGCACGUCCCCAAGACGACCGACAUUAGCUUGAUCGCGGCAGCGCAGUCCUUCGACCUGCACAAGUUCCUCCUGGCCGCACGGACGCCCUACUUCAGGAAGAAGUUGGCCGACGCCCCGGACACCACGACCUGGAGGCUGCCGCCCACCCUCCCGCUCGAGUCCUUCCAGGUCGCCCUGCGCUACCUCUACCUCGGCGAGGUCCCGAGGGACGUGCUCAACGCCCAGAGCACCGUGACGGAGGAGGAGGUCCUCACCGGCAUCGACAAGCUGAGCAAGCACCUCGAGAUCGACCAGCUCUGGGAGGCCAUCCUCGCCGGCAACGACCGUCGGCUCGCGCGUCAGCGGUACGAGGACGAGGUGAAGCGCGCGCAGGGCCAGGUCGAGCGGUUCUACCGCGAAAAGGUCCUGGGCCACAAGAUGGUCGUCGAGACGAAGCGGGUGGCCGACGUCAAGUGGCGGCACGACAACUCUAUCUUCGCCGACUGCCUCCUCUGCGCGCACGAGCCCGAGGGCGACGGGACGGACGACGACGCGGACGACGCGGACGACGUCGUCCACCUCAACGGCAUCCCCCUCGGCCCGACCGCCAACGGCGACAAGCCGAAGCGGAGGCCCAGGAAGUCAGUGGUCUACCCCGUGCACAAGGCGAUGCUCAUCCGCAGCCCGUACUUCGAGACCAUGUUCUCCAGCGAAUUCAAGGAGGCGCAGGACUCGGAGCACCUCCACGUCGUCAGCGUGGACUGCGCGCCCGACGUCCUCGAGAUCGUCCUCACCUUCCUCUACACCGAAAAGGUCGACUGCCCGCUGGACCUCGCCCUGGACCUGCUGUACACGGCCGACAUCCUCUUUCUCGACAAGCUCAAGACCAAGGCGGCGCAAGCCAUCAGCACCCUGGGCAGCGGUAACGCUAACGUGUGGGCCGACCGCACCCACGCCCCGGCGGACAGGGAGGGGGCGGGCCAGCCCGAGAUGGAGCCCGUCAAUAUCUACGACGUGAUCCACGCCGCCUGGGACCUGAGGGUGCAGCGCCUCGAGGAGUUCGCCGCGCGGUACCUCGCCGACCGGCUGGAGGACUACAUCGACGAGCCCGAGUUCGGCGAGCUCAUCAAGGAGAGCGCCGAGAGGAUCAGAGACCGCCAGGAGACGGACACGAUCGAGCUGCUAGACGACAUCCGGUACUACCUGGGCGAGCGCUUCCGCCUGCGCUUCGAGGACGCCAACCUGGACGAGAUGAUGGACGAGGAGGGCGAGAUCGACGCCGCCGUAGCCGAGACCCUCGCCGCGGAGAGCGAGCGGCAGGUCGACGAGAAGGGCGAGCGCGUUGCUGCUGCUGCCAGCCCUCGGGAAGUGGCACCCGCCGUACCUUCUGCGGAGGACGGUGGCCAGGGUGACGGGGGCGUCAAGACCCUGGGCGGGGAGGUGGCCGAGGACGAGUUCGCGUCGGACGCGAUCAACUACCAGAUCCUGCUCGGAAAGAUCGACGCGGUGCUGGACCGCUUGAAACUGGACGCGUAGACGGUGUGUGCUAGAUGCCCCUAGAGUUAGACAAGACCAUCGCCCAUUGUUGGCGGGACUUAUAUUACAGUUCGCUCAUGACACAGGGCCGCGUCCAGGCCUUGGGCCAGGGUUCAACUCCGUGUUCAUCUGAUGAUACGUAAGCGGGCGCCCAAGAGCUAUAUGAGAGGUGUCCGGGUUUCGAACCCGGAAACAAGCGCUAUAGUAAGGGCGAAUUUGGGUUGUCUACAAGGGGAUCGCCUGGAACAACGGGGUCAGAUAUAAAACAGUGCAUUGGCUAUGCUUAGAUGGUUCCUUGGCCUCCGGCCAUGAAAUCAGCAGCGCGAGUCUCUCGUGCAGGCGGCCGCCAACACCAACAAACAAUUGAUCGCAAUCUCUCGUUCAUUUUUUAUUUUUA